GUGAAAACAGUAUAAAUUAAACAACAAUACAAAGAAUCUCUACAAUGCCCGAGCUCAUGGUGGUUGUGGGAGUGACUGGCGCUCAGGGAGGGUCUGUCGCCCGAACAUUCUCCCAACUGCCCCACUGGCAUGUCCGCGGCAUCACACGCAACCCCUCAGGGCACGCCGCCCAAGUCCUGGCGGCCGAGGGAAUAGAGAUUGUCCAGGGUGACCUCGACGACAAGCAGUCCCUCGUCAGGGCCUUCGACGGCGCCACUGCCAUCUUCUCCAACACCGACUUCUUCACGCACUUCUUCGCCGCUUUCAGCCUCCCCUCUGUCGAUAACCCCGGCCAAUACGCAUGCGACCGCGAGGUCGAACAAGGGAUGAACAUCGCCGCCGCCGCCGCAGACCCCUCCGUGAUCAAGACGCUCGACCGAUUUGUGAUGUCGAGCCUCCCCGACGCGAGCAAGUGGAGCCGCGGCAAGUUCACCAAGAUCUACCCCUUCAACUCCAAGGUCGAGAUGGUCCGCCUCACGCGGGACCGACACCCCGAGGUUGCGGCCCGCAUGAGCACCCUCCUGGUGGGCCCCUACGUGACCAACUGGAAGCAGCUCGCGAGGAUGGCGCCGCAGAAGCAGGCUGACGGCGGUUUCAUCAUGACACGGCCGAUGUCUCCUGAGUUCAAGAUGCCACAAGUCGUUCCGGAGAAAGACACCGGAUCGUUCGUCAAGGCGCUGGUGGUCGACCUCCCGCCUGGGAAGGAUCUCCUUGGUGUGUCUGAGUGGGUCAGUUUCCCCGCGUUCGCUGAGGCGUGGGGACAUGUAUUAGGUGUGAAGACUGCGUAUCGACAGACAUCGAUGGAGGAUAUGUUUGAGGGCGUCCCUGAGCAUAUGGCACAGGAGAUCGGAGAUAGCUUUCUCUUCAUCGAGGAGUUUGGCUUCCACGGGGGAUAUCCGGACGUAUUGGAUCCACGCAAGCUCGAUGUUCAGAUCCCCGUGACAUCGAUGGAGGAAUACAUCAGAAGCGAGGAUUGGUCCUCCGUUUUGACCGCCUGA